UUAGGACUUUUCACACAGCACAGGAGUAACAAUUUACACUUUGUACUGUAGUUUUGUUUGGAUAACAAUGGAGGGGAGCGACUCAUUUUCGGAUGACGACGAUUUCGUCACAACGCAGAAGAGGACGAGGCGGAGGGCGACACCGGAGGUGGUUGAGAAAAAGGCGAAAUUAGUAAAAGCCGGUCCAUCUACAUCUGCUGCUAAAUCUAAGCCUUCCACCACGAAGACUGCUACAGCCCUCCCUGAUCCUAGCAAACAUUUGGCCGUCGAGACUACAAGAGCCGCUAAUUGUGCCGAAGGGGAAUUAAAUCCCCGUGGAACGAAGGAUAAGGAGAAGAGAAAGUCGGAAACCGCUACAAGUCUUGUCCGUGAAGACCAGAAUUUCCUACCCGUCCCGUGGUCCUACAUUCUUGAUGAGGAGGAGAUGGAAGUGGAGGAGGAAGAAAUGCGACUCAGGGAUGGGAGGGGUAUUAUUCAUAGAGCUGUGGAAUUGGCUGAAGAGUUCCAUAUAAAGUACGUGGGUUCGUCAGAUGUGAGACUUGGCACAACGGUGAAAGGUGAAGGGGUCGACCAAAUCAGGAAGACGAUUCUGCGGUUAGUUGGAGUAGCUCAGAAUGAAACCACUUCGUCUGACCUCGAUGUUUUUGAAGCGUCCCCAGAACUAGUUUCGACCCAAGAGGAACAGGGAUUGACUGCUGGACAGAGGGAGGUUCUCUUCCAAGAGAUUUUCGGUAGAGGAGGUCGUGUUGACGUUGAAGACAAACCGGGAUGGUUUUUAAUUAUUCACAAGGCCCCCACCACCGGGUUAAUUCAUUUGUGUUUGGAGGUACCUCAGACAAAUAGGGGAGUACUGGGAUAUAUAGCUAUAAGGCUUUGUACAAAACCAAAAUGCUACCAAUACAGUCAAACUCUCUCAAGUGAUGUCCUCCCGAAAUGUGCCCAACAUCAACCAAAUCCAAUUUUUUCCGUGGUGGAAAUGACUGAUUACAAUCGAAGAGACGUGUUGGUUCUUCUUCAUAUGAAGCUUGCAUUCUCGGUAGUAUCGAAUGCGUCCAAACAGAUGAAAGACGAAAAAGCAGAAUUGAUGAUACAUCAUUUAUGUACCGGUUACACGCAGUGGGCAAAUUAUUGUACCACCAGUGGUCUACAAACUCGACCAAUCCCCAAAUCGAUAUCUAGACACCACUUUAACAACGAAGGAGAGGCUCUAAGGAUGCUGUCAUUUGAAUCGACCAUUGGCAUGUUUAUCAAACUCGCCUCCGGAUCUCAACCCAUCAUCAAUUUGGAUGAUUUGAUCCCCUUGUGUUAUGGAAUGGAGGGUGAGAUCGAUGCGCGACUAAAGGAGUUGGGGAUAGAGCUCAAAGUUCGGCGCCACUUGACCAAAGACGAGAAGGCGGGGGUCAAGUACCCAUUUCCGGGAGAAUAUCUUCUUGGCACAGCAGCAGCAGCACAACAACAACCGGCGAAAGGGAAUACCUUUUUGUAUACCAUCAUGAGUCGGAACAUGUGGUAUUUUGGGUGGAGCAACACCCCCGAUUUCAAACAUCGUUUUCAGUUAAGAGCGGGGACUGAUGGUGCUAGAGAGUACAAACGCAUCACAGAGAAGAGACAGAAGGAUAGAGAGUUAGAGAUCGAGGGACUGAGACAGAGAGAUAGAGAGUUAGGUAGAGCAGAGGAUUUGUGUAUCUAUCCACCCCCACUGAAGGCUCCUACCAUGACACCCUACCUUGUCGCCAACUGUGAGGAUGAUGAUAAGAAGAACAUCAACACCAAAACCAUCGAAGCGAAGAUGAUAAUAGCUGGGUAUGUUGCAUAUUUGUUGGGAUUGCGUAAUCCUAUUCGUCCGAAUUCUGAUGUAGGUUAUUCUACUAAUAAAUGUAGUUUAGUUGAUUCUAAUUCAUGGGGUGAGAUUUGUGAAUUUGUCAAAUUAUUCUGGGGGUUUGAACCAAUGUUAGGGAAAUUGAAUGAGAGAAAUUGAAGUGUGUUGAGAUUUUUUGUAAAUGUAUUAUGGAGAUGAAAUAAAUUGACACAACUUACCUACCCAA